CCCAUGCUGGCGAUGUGCGCUACGGCUGCCGGGACGGUGGCAUGAGCCGCGCGCCGGGGUUUGGAGGUUGCCAUGGAGGAUGCGGUGGCCGGAACCGAGAGGAAUGUGCGGGGCUCGGGGGUAGCGGUGCUGCUGGGGCAGGAGUCCGGCCAGCCCGCUCCCUGCUGCCCGCACGGUCCUACUCUUCUGUUUGUAAAGAUUAGCCAAGGAAAAGAAGACGGAAGACGAUUUUAUGCUUGUUCAGCAUGUAGAGAUAGGAAAGAGUGUAAUUUUUUUCAAUGGGAAAAUGAGAAGGUGUCAGAAGCUAGACUUUCAGCGCGAGAAGAAGUUAAUAGAAGUUGUCAACCCUCUUUGUCACACAGACAGAACAUGGAAAGGUAUAAGCAGUUUGGUCUAUUGCCAACAUCAAAAAGGAAAUUUUGUCAAGAAUGCCAGCAGUUGCUAUUGCCCAGGGAGUGGGGAAAACACUCUGGCCAUCAAGUACUUAGUGAUCUCUCUAUUGCCCAUUUACAAAGGCCCAGUCAACUUUUGUGUCCACUGAAGAAUAAGAAGACAAAUGCACAGUAUUUGUUUGCAGAUAGAAGCUGUCAGUUUCUGCUGGAUCUUAUUAUUUCACUAGGAUUCAAAAGAGUGCUCUGUGUUGGCACACCAAGGCUCCAUGAGUUGAUCCGAUUAAAAGUGUCACGAGAACAGGAGUCCAGUGUUAAAAGCCUUCUGCUGGAUAUUGAUUUCAGGUAUUCACAGUUUUAUACAGAGGAAGACUUCUGCCACUAUAAUAUGUUUAACCAUUAUUUCUUUGGUGGAGAGGCUGCACAUGAAAUCUGUAGAAAAUUCUUGCACCAAGAGAAAGGUGAAGGAGUCAUACUGGUGACUGAUCCCCCAUUUGGAGGUUUGGUGGAGCCCUUGGCUUUUAGUUUCAAAAAGCUGAUUGCAACAUGGAGAGAGACGCAAGAGGAAGAUCACAGCAGCAAAGAGUUGCCCAUUUUUUGGAUAUUUCCAUACUUCUUUGAGUCUCGCAUUCUUGAAUUUUUCCCAAGCUUCAGUAUGAUGGAUUACCAGGUAGACUAUGAUAAUCAUGCACUUUUUAAACAUGGGAAGACAGGCCGUAAACAGUCUCCUGUUCGUAUUUUCACCAACAUUUCCCCAAGUAUGAUAGUACUUCCUGUGGAAGAGGGUUACAGGUUUUGCUUUGUGUGUCAGCGAUAUGUUAGUUCAGGGAACCAGCACUGUGAGAUCUGCAAUUCAUGUACAUCAAAAGAUGGAAGGCGAUGGAAUCAUUGCUUUAUUUGCAAAAAAUGUGUAAAGCCCUCUUGGAUUCACUGCAACACUUGCAGUCGCUGUGCUCUUCGAGGUCACGCUUGUGAGAGUGCUAAAGCUGGCUGCUUUAUUUGUGGUGGAGCAGGUCACAAACGCAGCACCUGUCCUAAUCUUUCUGUGACUGACAGAGCUGGCAAAGCUGACAGAAAUCAGAAGCUAAAGAAGAACAAGAAGAUAAAAAUGGAUACAGUUAAAAGACCGUAUGUGAAGCAUGCUACAUUCGCAAGGAAAAUAAUCAAGAACAAGAAAAAGAAAAACGCUCUUGCCUCUUAAUCUCCAGUUACCUAAAACUGUGAAUGAUUUUACAGCCAACUUUUGCUUUUCUGUAAAUGUUUAUUAAUAUGAACUUUCAGAUAAAAUCUGGUUGAAUUAAAAAUUACUACAUGUAAUUAGCAGUAGGACAAAACUGCUAUACAAGCUGCUCUUUCAAUUUGUGAACGUUUUCAAAUGGGAAAUAGAAAUCAGUGUAUAUACAUUGUAAAACAUGGCUGUGCUAAAAUAAAAAGUGAAAUAAUAAUAUACAGGACUAUUAAGUUAAAGGGACAGGGAUUUUAAUAGCUUUCAGUUAACUUGGUAUUGACCUUAUAAAACAAGACAUAAUUUUUGUCCUUUUUUCAAACAUUUCCACCCAACUCUUACACAGAUGGCCCCGGUACAUGGUGCUGAGAGAGUGUAACAGCCUUUUGUUAUUUUUCUAGUGGUAUGUUGAUUGUAUCAAUGCAGUAAUGGAGACUAGUGCUUUAUAAUUUCUAGAUAAGUAGAUAUAUGUAGUUUUUAAAUUUUAGCCACAGUAGGAACAUUGUAAACAACAGAAAUACAGAGGCUGUUCCUCUGCAGCUAUUACAAUAUUUUUAGGAUUUUAGUGAUAAACUUAACAAUAGAUUUAUAGAUUCUAUUGUCAGGGACCAUUGUGAUCUUCUAGCCUGACCUCUAUAGCACAGGCUAUAGAACAGUCCUGCACAACUCGUAAAACCACAAGGGCCACAUUACUCCAAAGAAAACAGCAGAGGGUCGAAACCCCCCGGCCCCAUGGAAACACCCCCCCCCCCCCCCGGACCUCCCAGCCCGCGGAAACACUCUGCCCCAUCACCGCCCAGCCCUGCAGAAACAAACCCUUCUUCCCCAGGGCCGCCCCACCAAAACAGCUGUGGGCCAAAAAGGAAGGUUGGGGGUGGGGAGGUGAUACUUGAUUUUAAAUCAACCAGGGGCUCCCAGAUGAAGAGGUGGCUGGGAGCUGUCAGGGGCAAAUUAAAGGGCCCGGGGCUCCGGCGGCUGGGGGAACCCGGAGCUUUGCAGGACUGGGGCAGGGAUUUAAAGGGCCCAGAGCUCCUGCCGCUGAAGGGAGCCUGAGUCCUUUAAAUCCCAGCCCCAGCCCAUCCGCUGGAACUGCGGCCGGGAUUCAAAGGGCUCUGAGCUGCCUGUGGCGGCGGGGAGCCCAGAGCCCUUUAAAUCUCAGCCGCUGGCGGGAAUCUCUGCGGGCAGCCCAGAGCCCUUUGAAUCCCUGCCACGGCUGAAAUUUAAAGGGCUCUGGGUUCCCCGUCACUGCAGGCAGCCCAGAGUCCUUUGAUUCCCUGCCGCGGGCCACACAGCCUCUGCGGGACACAUGUUGUGCAGGCCGGCUAUAGAAUGUCCCUAAAAUUCCUAGACAAGUGCCCCUUGUUAUAAUUUUAAAUGAGGGAUUUUUUAAAUAAAUAAACUUAAAUGUGUAACCUCAUUUACUAGCGGUGAUGAGUCUCCAGUUCAAGGAAACUCAUACAAAUUAUUCUUGAUGCUGUGCUAGACAUGAAUAUAACAAAUUCAGAGGAAAAUGAAAUGAGCAAUGCAAUGGAAAAUAAACUCUUUUUAUAACUGUA